UGUUAUGUUUUAAAAGGAGCUGCCUCGCUCGUCUAAUUACUGGUUCUGAUUCUUUUUUGUUUUUCUAGCUGUCCGAAUUGUCUUCUUCACUACUAAAACCCUAAGACACUGAAAAGACAGGCCUAGAGAGAUCAAUAAGAUCACAUAAAUUAGGGUUUCAAGAACUUUCUUCAGAUACUGUAGAGAUAGAUAGUUUUUUUUAGGGUUUUGGAUAAGAAAAGAUUAAAGAAAUGAAGAUUCAGUGCAACUCAUGUGAGGUAGCAGAAGCAAAUGUUUUGUGUUGUGCUGAUGAAGCAGCUCUAUGUUGGGCUUGUGAUGUUAAAGUACAUGCAGCUAAUAAGCUUGCUAGUAAACACCAGAGGAUUCCUUUGUCUACUUCUUCUUCUUCUUCUCAGAUUCCUAAAUGUGAUAUUUGUCAGGAAGCUGUUGGCUACUUCUUUUGUCUAGAAGAUCGUGCUUUGCUCUGCAGGAAAUGUGAUGUUUCUAUACACACAGCUAAUUCAUAUGUAUCAAGCCACCAAAGGUUUCUGCUUACAGGCGUGAAAGUAGGCCUAGAACCCACACAACCGGUUGGGUUGUCUACCAAGGAAAAAUCUGACUCUGUUGACAAAACUGUGGAAAGGGAGUCUCAGUCAGUGUUCAGGAAAGAUACUUCUGUAUCACGGAAUGGCAGAAAUGGUGAAGUAUUAUCCCGACAGCCUGGUGGAGAUGGCAGUCUACAUGCAACUAAGCUGUCAAUUUCUGGGGGUACAACUGGUGGAAGUAUGCCUGAGUGGCCUCUGGAUGAUUUCUUCGGACUAACUGAUUUCACUCAGAAUUUCGGAUAUAUGGAUAAUGGCACUUCCAAGGCUGAUAGCGGCAAGACUGGACAGUCUGGAUUCUCUCCAACUUUGCAAGUCACUGAUGAGGACUUUGACAUGGACGAGUGUUUGGGUAAGGUCCCAGAGAUCCCAUGGAUGGUGCCCGAGGUCCCAUCUCCGCCCACUGCCUCUGGACUCUUCUGGCCAAAAAGCUUCCGAAACUCACCAGAUAACGAGCUCUCUGUGCCAGAUGUAUCUUUCUCCAACCAACGCAUUCCUCAAUCUAUUCGAGCUCAGCCAAAUAUCUCAAACCCGAAACGCCAGAGACAGUAUUAAGUCUUCUGCAUUAUCUGUGUAGGAUGAGAACUUACAAAGACUAAACAUGUAAAUUAUGUAGAUUUGCUGUUGGGGGAGUGGCAGGCUUAACCUUCCUGCUAAAUGGUGUGUUAUUCCUUAUGUAUUUUGUUUGGGGUGUAGCCGUGUAGGUUGUGUGUAAUUCCCGACUUUAGAAAAGAAAGUACCUUUAAUAUGACUAUGUGUUGGUGAAAAGUACCUUUAAUAUGACUAUGUUUUGGUGAUUAAAGAU